AUGUCCGGAUAUCCACCGCCGCCCCCGUCACCGCCGUUACCAACCUCCUCCACACCUCACCGCUCACUAAGCUUCAAGACUCUAAGCCCGAGCAUUCUCAUCAUCCUCCUUAUCGUCAUCGUCACCGUCGUGGCUUCGUUCUCCCUCUGCCGCAUCCUCCGCUGCAUCAACAACCGCUUCCUCCGCCACGUCACUCCCUCCUCCUCUGGCGAAGACGUCGCUUCCGCCAACCGCUUCUCCAGCCGGCGAGUCUCUCCGGCCGAAUCCGCCGAUCCCGUCGCCGCGCUCCCGGUCUUCACCUUCUCCGCCAUCAAGCGCCGCCGCGAGUCGUCCGCGGCCGUCGUCUCCGCCGACUGCGCCGUCUGCCUCUCUAAGUUCGAGCACGACGAUCAGCUCCGGUUGCUCCCCUUGUGCUGCCACGCGUUCCACGUAUCGUGCAUCGACACGUGGCUCCACUCGCAGCAGACCUGCCCGCUCUGCCGGUCGCCGAUUUCGGCGUCGGACUCGGAGCUCAUGACACUCGUCGAGAAUGCAGGCUCCUCUGCCCGCGCCGGCGGCGACAGCUUCCGCCUCGAAAUCGGCAACGUCAGCCGCCGCCAAACGACGAUGACGAACUCGAGCUCGCGCCGCUCCUACUCAAUCGGAUCGUUCGACUACCUCGUCGACGACGACUCGGAGGUCCAGCUAACGAAUGCCAGAAACGGCUCGUCGGACCGCAAAGAAGAGGUCCUCGUCGUCGUCGGCAACCUCCCGCCGCCGCUGCCUUCGGAGGCGAGUCUAGCCGCUGACGUGGCAAACGGCCGGAGCUGGCUCAAGGAAUUCGUGGACAGACUUUCCAGCUCUUCUUUACGAAGCUCGGGGAGAUUCUUCACCGGUAGUAGCCGUCGGAGCGAGACUCCCGUCCCGGGAGACUGGAUAUCGGAGUCCGGCCAAGUCGGCGUCGAGUUCUCCGAGUACUUCCGGUGGUUAUCGGAGGUAUGAGUUUUUACUAGUAGUUAAAGUACGAACCGUAAAUACUCCCCCCAACUCAUUUUGGAUUAGUUUUGGCAGAGCACACAUCAUGAUGAUCAUUUGAUUUCAGUUUUUUU